AUGCUGUACUCUUUGACCUUGUUGACCGCCCUCUUGGGAAUAACCUCCUCACAAAACAUCUAUGACUGUCCAUCCAGCUGGUUCACUAACAACGGAUUCUGCUACAGGUUUGAGGCCGACGUGCCGCUGUCUUAUGACAAUGCCAGGGGCAGUUGCAAUCUGAAUGGAGCUGGUGUUCUCAGUGUUGACAACAUGGCAGAGAACACAUUCAUUGUCCAAUGGAUGCAACAGAAUGAUCCAUUUCAGCAAGACUGGUACACCAGUGGAGUUCCAGUGUUGCCAGGGACUAUUGUUGUCAAUGGUACAGGCUUUAUCUGGGAGAGCACUGGUGAGCAGAUAGAUCCAUCACUUAGCUCUGUGUGGCUCAACCAGUCGAGUUACACCGGUUCCAGGAAGGUCAUCAUUUACACUUAUGGAAAGACGGGACCUGGCUGGGUUUUGGCUGACCCCACAGUCAAGAGACCCUAUAUCUGCAAGAUCUCCAUGCAAGAAGCUUACAGGAUAAUGUUGACAGAUAGAGGUUUUGACUAUGGCAUUGAUUCCCCGGAUAUGGCCAGCCUGGAAAUGGGGCCUCAUUUCAUUAUCCAGCCCCACAGUAUGGUGGUGAUUAGCCAACCUGGUGCUUUAACUGAACCGGUCAGCCUGGACUGUGUAGUGCAGGCCAACCCCCCAGCCACCUAUCGCUGGUUCAAGGGAGACAAGGAGAUUACAGACCAGACAGAUAGCCGAUAUGCUAUCACAAAUGGAAAACUAACCAUCAUGAAGCCAGAUGAGGCCAAGGACUCAGACCGCUACCAGUGCAGAGCUGAGAACAAGUUUGGAACUGUCAUCAGCACCUUCGCAGAAAUCUCCUUUGGAAGUCUAGGAGAGUUUAACAAUGUCCCUGACGCUGGCACCAAAGCCAAGGCUUAUGAGGGAGCCACUGUCCAGUGUAGCAAGAUCUUCUACAAGCCAGCCAUCAGCUACCAGUGGUACAAAGGCAGUGACCAACAAUUUAUCAGGACUCAGUUCCAGACUUACAUCUUUGUCUCCAAUAGUGGAAAGCUCUACUUCUCAGAGGUCACCAGAAACGAUGAAGACCAGUAUUCAUGUGUAGCCAUUCUGACGGGAGUCAAUAGGUACACCAUUGGAACUGACCAGCCGCCCAUGGCCACCAGCAUGCCUAUCCCCCUGGUUGUUGAGGACCAAGCUCCAUUGUCAGAAUGGGGUCCAGCCAUACAGAAUGAUUUCAUCGCGGUGUUCCCAAAGUCACCUAUGCGAGGCCAAGAUGUCCGACUGGAGUGUUUUGCUUACGGGUCGUCCACCUCUGUGUUUACCUACCAGUGGACACGAGAAGAUAAGCCAAUGCCAGGAUCUGUGGUCCUGAGUGACCAGAACCGUGUGCUGACCAUCAGAGAUGCUCAGCUAGAGGACAGUGGCAUCUACAGAUGUACAGUUCAAAGAGGAGCUGCAGCCAGUGAUACAAAAGUCAUGCAGUUAAUGCUGGGAGCAAUCCCCUACUUUGUGAGCCCUCUAGAGGACCAACAUGCAGACAUCGACUCUCAGCUCACAUGGAUUUGUAAUGCCAGGGGAAACCCUGAGCCCACCUACCAGUGGUUCAAAAAUGGUGUGGCAAUCACUAGCGAGACAUCACCAACUAUCAGGAUACAAAAGAAUGUGCUGACAAUUACUAAACUGGACCCCAAAGUGCACAAUGGCAUGUAUCAGUGCGGGGCCACCAAUGAACAUGGCACUUCACACAGUAAUGCACAACUUCGAGUUCUGGCCUUUGCCCCAAACAUCAACAAAUUCCCGCCACCAUCAAGUAUCAUCGCUUCCAAUGGUGGCAACCUCACUCUCCGUUGUCAGCCUGAAGGCUCACCGUUUCCCACCAUCACCUGGUCCAGGGGUGGAGCUGCCAUCAAUAGUGAUGGGGUCAAGUAUACAAUACUAGCUAAUGGGAACCUGCACAUAACCCAGAUUUCUGCGGGUGACAAGGGCGUCUACACUUGCAAAGCCACCAACAGUUACGGCGAGGCUCAGGCUUCCACAAAUUUGGAUGUCACAAGUGGAGCCACUAUCAGUUUGCCACCCACCAACCAGGUGGCUGUUGUCAACCGGACAGUGUUCCUGGUAUGUGAGGCUUCCUACCCGACCGGCAUCGACAUGGUCCAUCAGUGGACAUUUAAUGGCUUCCCCCUCUAUUAUGACUUGGUACAUUUCAGACAGACACAAGGUGGCAGUCCGGGCACCAAUGGCUUGUAUGUAUUGAACGCACAGUUCGACCAUGAGGGAGAGUACACCUGCACGGCCAGGACUCCCUUCAACGCCGAAUCAAGGUCUGCAUAUUUGACAAUCCAAGGUCCCCCUAGACAACCAGCAGGAAUCUAUGUCCAGUCAGGCACGGUCACUCAGACAUCUGCUGGGGUUGUCUGGACGGAAGGAGACAAUAGCGGAGGCACCAUCAGUGUCCACCUCAUUCAGGUGUCCAACCAGUUUGAGCCAGGAGUUUGGGAGGAUCUUCUCACUGUCUCGGUGGUGGAGAGCUACAGACCCGAGUCGACAACCAAAGGCAAGCAUCAGGUCAACGCAACAGGGCUCAAUCCUGGAACUGGCUAUAUGUUCAGGGUUAUAGCUCAAAAUGAAUAUGGCCUGGGAACGCCGAGUGAUCCAUCGUCAAUGGUGCAAACUUUGAGUGCUCCACCUCGUGUCUACCCAAACCAUGUCCGGGGUGGAGGAGGAUCUGUGGGAGACCUGACCAUCAGAUGGGAGGCCCUGAAGAGAUCUCAGUACGGUGUUGCCAACGGAACUAUCUAUUACAAAGUUUACUGGAGGAGGAAGGAUGAGACUGUGAAAGAUGCCGUCUGGAACCUGAUUACCAUCAACAAUGACAGACAGGAGUACGCCGUGACCCAGGUGGGAGCAGAGUACUACUACCUCCCGUAUGAGACCAAAGUCCAGGCGGUCAACUCUGAGGGUCCUGGACCCAACUCUUCCGUGGUGGAGAUUUACUCUGCUGAGAAUUUGCCCAUUGGUGUGCCAGAGAAUGUGAACACAUUCACAUUCAACAGUUCUUGUAUCACAGUCAACUGGAAACCAGUGCCAGACGAUAGAGUCCAUGCCAGGGGAAAGAUUCUGGGCUAUGUGAUCAACUACUGGGAUGAAGAAGAUGACCCCAAUCUGUUUACUCGAUCAAUACGUUACUACGGAAAUGUUGAUAGUGGACUGGUUAUAGGACUGGAAUCUCAGGUCAACACAAUUGUGGAUGUACAGGUGUACAACUCAGCAGGACUGGGACCCAGGUCCAACACGUACGUGAUGGAGACAGCACGUCUACCGGCCCUGCACUAUUCAGAGGAGGUUCGCGUGGCCUCGGCCGGUUUUGGUAAAGCUCGUGUCUGGUGGAGAGGGAUCACCACAGCUCAGAUUGAGGAGGACAUCACAGGCUGGGUUAUUUGGCUGUGGACGGCCAGUGAGGACUGGCGUGGGGCUGAGAUGAUAGAAAUACCUGGCAAUGUGUUUAUGACCACACUACACAAUAUCUCGGAACACCGGCUUUAUGCCAUGAGAAUCGCUGCAACUAGUUUUGGGGGAACUGGCAAAAAAAGCCCAACAGUUUACUUCACAACAG